CACCACCAUCCCCUACACAACUGUGUAAACGUCGCCCUCGUACCGACCUUCACGAUUUCGCCCUACUCCGCUACACAACCCGGUAUCUUCUGUGCAAGCAGAGGAUUCAUGCUUCGGCCUCCAAUCGCUAUACCACGGCAUAAAGACUGUAACCACCCGCUUCGACUCUCUAGCUUUCUUCGUUAAACCUUAACCAUCCAAAAUGGCUGCUGGAAUUGUCAACAUUCGUCGUGAUGUCGACGACAAGUUCUACCGCUACCGUAUGCCCCUCCUCCUUACUAAGAUUGAAGGCAAGGGUAACGGUAUCAAGACUGUGGUCCCCAACAUGUCUGACGUGGCUCGAGCGCUCUCCCGUCCUCCUACAUACCCCACGAAGUUCUUCGGCUGCGAGCUUGGCGCGCAAACCUCCUUUGACGAGAAGAAUGACCGCUACAUUGUCAACGGUGCUCAUGACGCGACAAAGCUCCGUGAGCUCCUCGACGGGUUCAUUGACAAGUUCGUCCUGUGCAAGUCGUGCAAGAAUCCCGAAACGGACCUCAUCAUCACCAAGCAGGACGAGAUUAUCCGCGACUGCAAGGCCUGCGGCGAGCGUACGGGCGUCGAUAUGAGACACAAGCUCACGACUUUCAUCCUCAAGAACCCGCCCAAGACAUCCAAGAAGGGCAGGUCUAAGAAGGGCGGUGCGGACAGCCCUACGAACGGCGCGCAUGCCGAGGCGGCCACCCCGCCCCUCGAUGGCGAACUCGACGGUGAGAGUGACGACGAGCUCACGAGGCGCAUCAAGGCGGAAGCUGCGGAUCUCAACUCCGAGUCCAAGCUCGCCAAGGAGGACUGGUCCGUUGAUACUUCCGAGGAGGCCGUCAAGGCACGCACCAAAGCCGCCGAGAGCCUCAUGGCCAACCUCGCUCUGGGAGACGAUGACGAUGACGAUGAAGGUGUGGACAGCCCCUACGGUCAGCUCGGCAUCUGGGUCCGGGACAAUCGCGAUGCAGGCCCCGUCGAUGUCUAUAAGAAGGCCGAGGACCUCGGUAUUGCUAAGAAGCACAAGGCUGUGCAGGUCAUUGUGCAGGGUCUGUUCGAUGAGGACAUCCUCAAGCAGAUCCCGUCUAACGCUGCUCUCUUCAAAAAGAUGGUAACUUCUGAGAAGCACCAAAAAUCGCUCCUCGGUGGACUCGAGCGCCUUGUUGGCUUGACCCACCCCGACCUCAUCCCUGCCGUCCCGAAAAUCCUGAUGGAGUUUUAUCAGGCGGACGUCUUAGAAGAAGCCGUCAUCACUCAGUGGGGCACCCACGUCAGCAAGAAGUACGUUGACCGGGAGACUAGCAAAAAGGUCAGGAAGGCCAGCGAGCCGUUCUUGAAGUGGUUGGAAGAGGCGGAGGACGACGAAUCUGACGAUGAGUAGACCGCUCCGGCGACCGCUUUCGACAAAGGCUUGGAUAUUCAGUCUCUUAUCCCGCUAUAUACUCAUGGCUAUGAGACGUACGUCUCUUUCCAUGUGCUUGUCAUAUGAUUUUGUAUGUAUGUAACCUCUCGGAUCGAGUCAAUCGUCCGAAGCCGUCUCCCUUUUGACGCCGAUUGAAAAGCGCGUGUUUUCACGUCAGUGUCUGUCACCAGGUAUCGUUACGCCAGGGCUGGCGUUGGCGAA